AUGUUUCUGGACGGUCGAGAUCCUCUAUCUCCCUGCACCUUCUGCCCUCCCGGAAAGUUCAAGAGCUCUGCGGGCAACACUGAUUGCUCUGAUUGUCCAAUCGGUCACUUCGCUGCGGAAGAAGGAGCGACUUCUUGCUCAGUCUGCCCUCCCAACUCCUUCAUGCCUUCUCCUGGAGCAUCUGUCUGCAGCUCCUGUCCCAUCGGAUCCUUCAAGCCCUCACCUGGCUCCUCCUCCUGCCUGCCCUGCCCUCCGGGAGGCUUCAGCAACUCGACCGCGUCUCUCCAGUGUGCAAGUUGCCCUAAGGGCGCCUACCAGCCCCUCAGGUCGAGCUCCUCUUGCCUCGCAUGUCCCUCCAACCUCCUCAGCACCCGAGCGAGCGGCAGCAUCAGGCUGGAGCAGUGCGAGUGCAUCGAGGGAUACGUGGGUCCAGCUGGGCAGACAAGCUGCGCCAAAUGUCUGAAAGGGACAUACAAGGGCGAGCUGGGAGGUUCUUCGUGCCUUUCUUGCCCUGCUGGAAGUUUCUCAGAGGUGGACGGGAGCUCUUACUGCAAGCUCUGCCCAGCUGGGGCCUACAACGGUGUAGAAGGGCAAACAUCCAAGCAGUGCGAAGUCUGCCAGGUCGGAAGCUACAAGAGUGGCCUGGGAGAUGGAGCCUGUCAGCUGUGUGAAGCGGGAAAGUACAACCAGUACACAGGAAGAACGUCUUGUUGCUCGAGCUGUGCUCUUGGAUUCUUCAAGGACUCGGUGGGACCAGCAGCCUGUGCUGCGUGCCCUCGGGGUUCCUUCACAGACUCGAUCGCCAGCUCCAGCUGCCAGCUCUGCCCCCCCGGCCUCUUCGCGGGUCAGGACGGGACGUCUUCCUGCUCAGAGUGCCCGACAAACAGUUUCACAUCCGUGGCGGGAAGCAGCAGCUGCCAGCGGUGUCGUCCUGGACUUGGAACAGAAACAGCUUCCUCUACAAGUUGCUCCCUCCUGUGCCUGACAACUGUUUGGAGGAACAUGACAAUGUAUGUAUAA